ACAGCUUCGUAGACUCCAUCCCAAUAUAUACCAAUUGCCAAGCAGUCCGUCUCUGCGUCAGUUUCACCAACACUCGCAGAUCUCUCUUACGAAAUCCUCUGACUCCGAAGCCUCCGCUCUUUCCGCGCGCUCUUCUUCCUCUCUGAUUCUGCCGUUUUGAGUGAUCCGUACGAUUAUGGAAGGUUACGACGGGACUGUGAGACUUGGAGCUCUUAACAUGAACCACGAUCGGAAUGAAUUUGACUCCGGCCCUGAUGUGUCGGUUUCCUCUCCAGUUACCAGACAGAAGGCUGCUGCUGCUAAGCAGUUCAUUGAAAAUCAUUACAAGAAUUAUCUCCAAGGAUUGCAGGAUCGAAAAGAGAGACGUAUAGCACUUCAAAGGCAAGCACAAGAAGCUCAGGUAUCAACUGAAGAACAAGAGCAAAUGAUGAGGAAUUUGGAGCGCCGAGAGACUGAAUACAUGAGACUGCAGAGGCGUAAAGUUGGAAUUGAUGACUUUGAGCAGUUAACUGUAAUUGGCAAAGGCGCUUUUGGCGAGGUGAGGUUAUGUCGUGCUAAAAGUACAGGAGAGAUUUAUGCCAUGAAGAAACUGAAGAAAUCAGAAAUGCUUAGCCGAGGACAGGUGGAACAUGUUCGAUCUGAGAGGAAUUUACUAGCAGAGGUUGAUAGCCGAUGCAUUGUAAAACUCCAUUACUCGUUCCAAGAUUCUGAUUUCCUGUAUCUCAUCAUGGAGUAUUUACCCGGUGGUGACAUCAUGACAUUAUUAAUGAGAGAAGAUAUCCUUUCUGAAGAUGUUGCUCGCUUCUACAUUGCUGAAAGCAUCUUAGCUAUCCACUCGAUACAUCAACACAAUUACAUACACAGGGAUAUAAAACCAGAUAAUUUGAUACUGGAUAAAAAUGGCCACCUGAAGCUAUCAGAUUUUGGCUUAUGUAAGCCUCUUGAUGAUAAGUAUUCAUCAAUUUUGUUGGAAAGUGAAGAUUUGACCAGUAAUGAAUCAACAAGUGAGGCUGAAGGAUAUUCUGCAUCCCCUUGGUUGAUGCCAAAGGAGCAAUUACAACAGUGGAAACGUAAUCGCCGAGCAUUGGCAUAUUCAACUGUUGGAACUCUUGAUUACAUGGCACCUGAAGUUUUGAUAAAAAAGGGCUAUGGAAUGGAAUGUGAUUGGUGGUCUCUCGGGGCUAUCAUGUAUGAGAUGCUUAUCGGAUAUCCUCCCUUUUGUUCUGAUGAUCCAAGGAUGACAUGUCGUAAGAUAAUUAACUGGAAAACAUGCCUUAAAUUCCCUGGAGAGCCCAAAAUAUCAGCUGAGGCUGAGGAUCUUAUUUGUCACUUAUUAUGUGAUGUGGAUACAAGACUUGGAACCAGAGGGGUCGAAGAAAUAAAGGCUCAUCCAUGGUUCAGAUCUAUUCAGUGGGAUACGCUGUAUGAAAUGGAAGCUGCAUAUAAACCUACUGUCACUGGAGACUUGGACACACAAAACUUUGAGAAGUUUCCAGAUUUAGAAGGACCACCAUCCACAACAGCUACCAUGGGACCGUGGCGAAAGAUGUUAACAUCUAAAGACACCAAUUUCAUAGGAUAUACUUAUAAGAAAUCAGACGUCCUUAAAUCAAUAGGAAGUUCAGAUACGGAUGUCAGAUUGCAUGGAUCAUCACAAUCCCCGUCCCUAAUUUCCUUGUUAGGUCGUAUUGAUCUGCAAGACACAGCCAUUCCAGAAAGUGAGCAGAAGCCAGAUAUUUGAGUCAUAAUCUUCCUUGUUGUGCCUCUGCUGGAUCGUGUAUUUUAUUCUAUGCACAUGCCAUUUGAAGAAGAACAUCACUGAUCACUGAAUGUUCCCAAGACAAUUAUUCAAUGCGGGCAGAUUGGAAUAAGGUCAUGUAAUGGUUGGAGAGCUAAAACGUCCCAAGCGGCUCAGAUCACCUGCUCUUUGGGCUCUCGAGUGAUGAUGCUAUUGCCUAUUAUACGUGACACAAAAGUUAAAACUUGUGCAAUUCUAACGCAGUUUUUCCGCAUCAUGCAGCAUCCACUCAUAUUUUCGAGUACUCCUUAGUUUUGAACGACAGAUUUGUCUUGUUUUAUAUGGUUCUUAUGAUAAAAAGGUUUUUGCAGUAUAUAUGAAACUCGUUUAUUCGACGUUA